UCUAAAAUAUAGUAAAAUGUGUGCCGAAUUAACUCGAUAAAUAGCUCAUAUUUUUCGUCUAAAUUGAAAUAAAUUAAAAUCCAAACUGUUUAAAAACUAAAAAUACACAAUAAUGGAACGUUGUUAUAAUCGCGGUUGUGGGCAAACUUUUGACCCAGAAAAUAAUACCGAUGAAUCUUGCUGCCAUCAUCCUGGAGCACCUUAUUUCCAUGACGCAUACAAGGGUUGGUCAUGUUGCAACAAAAAAUCGGUAGAUUUUACUGAAUUUUUAAGCAUUAAAGGAUGUACGCUAUCAAAACACUCGAAUAUUAAACCACCGGAACCUGAAAAGCCAGAAAAGAAUGAAGAUGAUAAGAAUGUGGUUGUAGAAGUGCGUGCGCCAAUUAGAGAAUCAAUGCAGCGACCACCUAUUGAAUCUCCAAUGACUACAAUAAAACCAACAGUUGCACAAGCGUUGAAAGAUACCAUAGAUACACUUAAAGUAAAAACUGUUAACGUUGAGAAAGACAGCGAUUUGGCUUCUGGCGUAAUAUCAAUUGGUACUUCUUGUAAAAAUAAAGGCUGCACUUACUCGUAUAGCGGUACAGCUACUGAUCAUGCGGAAUGUGUAUAUCAUCCUGGAGUUCCUAUUUUCCACGAAGGUAUGAAGUAUUGGUCAUGUUGCCAACGAAAGACAAGUGAUUUUUCUGUGUUUAUGGCACAGAAGGGCUGUGCAUGCGGGGAGCACAAAUGGCUCAAGGAGGCGGAAGACAAGCAAGUGGUUAAUUGCCGGUACGAUUGGCAUCAAACUCCAACAAACGUCAUUGUUUCCAUAUAUGCCAAGAAAUAUAAUUAUAAGAGUAGCAAGAUAGAAGUAAAUCCAAUCCGCCUCCACGUGAAUCUUGUAUUUCCUGAACAGGAUGAUGCAAAAUUCGACAUGGAAAUAGAAUUACGCGGCAUCAUUGAUGUAAAUAAAACUAGUGCUCAUAUGUUUGCAACAAAAGUUGAGAUAACUAUGCCAAAAGCAGAACCUGGAUCAUGGCAAAAACUUGAUUUUCCCCGAGAAAAAUUGCCACCGGCACUGAAGCCAAAUGAAUCUAAAAGUAUCUUCAAUUGUCAAAGAAAAGAUUCAGAAUCAGAUGAUGAAUUUAACUUGGAUGACAUUGAAACUGUAAACAACGGCUUGAGGCUCACUGACAUUAGUGACAAUAAAAACCAUUUGGACUAAGUUAUAACAGCGAUCACAAGCAAAGAGAAAACAAGUUUCUAAAGUGAAUACUUCCCCAUAAAUAGCAUUUCUCUCUUCAUUUUAUAUAGUUUGACGUGUAUAUUUUUCACAUACCUUAUCUAUUUAAUAAAUGUGUAAGAAAUUAUAAA